AUGCACUUGAUAUUAUAUCUAUCUAUCUAUCUAUCUAUCUAUCUAUCUAUCUCAUUUUUCGUAUACAACGAGGUUGCACCGCUUCAGCUUCGACAUCAACUUCUAUUCGCAUUCUUACACAAGAUUUCUACAACCCUUCAAAUGGCUCCUUCGCGACGAACAUCCGCACGUCAGCAACUGAAGACCCCUAAUACCAUUAACGUUACACAUGCAGAACAGGCGACUGCGGAUGAGCACAUAACUCCGUUUACAGAUGAUCAUAUAGCGUCUACUUCCAACUCUGCUUUGCACUCUUCUGCGUGCCGUGGCGAUGUCCAACCCGGCAGCUCUGCAAAGGCUGCAAAAACACCCAGGCGAGGCAACCUUAGCAGGCGUUCUAAGAAAGUCUCACCGGCUAAGGGGAAACGGGAGCAGGAUUACACUGAGUGCGCCUCAUUGGGGGAGAAGCGGCUGCCGUCUACUUCAACCUCUGCUUUGCACUCUUCUGAGUGCCGUGGCGAUGACCGACCCGGCAGCUUUGCUAAGCGUGCCAAAAUACCACGGCGAGGCAACCUUAGCAGGCGUUAUAAAAGAGCCUCUGCGGCAAAGAGAAAGCGGGAAGGGGAAACCGAGAGCCCGCAUCGAAAAGCUACUAGCAAUGCAGCCGACGCCGCUGCAACUUCCAUUCGACGGUCCCAGGAGACCACGGCUGAGAAAACUGCACGUAACGCAGCGAAAUCUGCGGCAACGUCCAUUCGACGGUCCCAGGAAUCCAUGGCUGAGAAAACCGCACGCCAUGCAACCGACGCCGCUGCAACUUCUGCUGCAAGGGCGUCGGAAAGUUCCGCGCAAAAGCGCACAGGGCGGCAACGCGAUGCAAUUUCAACUUACGCUGCUCGAGCUGUAGAAGGACCUACUGAAAAACUUGAGAGGUUGCAGACUUUUAACCAGCGCCGCCAUGCACAGCGAGGGCUCUGUAGCCCACCAAAGCAGUUUUGGUUUAAGGUGGAUUUCAACUAUGAGCCAGUUUUGAGGCUUUCCGGUCGCAAAGACAUCCAAAUAGGAUCCAUGUCAGUUGUCUGUGGGCGUUGCAAUGCCAAAAAAUGGCCUGAGGAGUCUUCAGGUUUGUGUUGUUUAGACCGUAAGAUGACCUCUUUUGGUGGUAAUGUCUUCCGCGAAGUUGGUUGGAAUCCCACCUUCAAGGUUGAAGGUCAGGUUUACCACUGGAUUGGGUCUCUUUUGCCGGAAACUGCCAAUAAUUCGGCCUUUCUACAAAUAUACUUCAUAGCUGACUACAAUCAACAGGCAGAUACCCGCAUGGGCAUUAUUCCCGAGAACGAUACAGACCAGGACAAUCAUCCCCGCAGGGAUAUCAUAAUGAGUCUCCAACAAAUGCUCCAUGAGACAAACAGCUAUGUCUGCAGUUUUAAGUAUGCUCUCGAAAAUAACACUUCUGAUUUCAUUAUUGUAAUUGAUGCUGACAAACGGCCUCAGGGAGAGCACGAACGUCGUUGCAAUGCUCCCACAAGUAACGAAGUUUCCAUCAUUGUCAGCGAUGAUAAGCACAACAGACGUGAUAUUGUUAUCGAAUCGCGCGGCAGUGGGCUCCGAAGAAUCAGUGAAACGCAUCGGUCUUACGAUGCACUGCAAUACCCACUUCUCUUCCCUUAUGGAGAAGAUGGGUACCACUUUGGCAUUCUGCAAAAUGGGUCCACCUUAAAAACAGUGUCUUGCAGGGCUUUCUACACCUACCUAUUGAUGGUACAUGAGGGUGUAUUCAAUCACCUUCAUCGAAGCCGGCAACUUUUCCAUCAAUUCAUAGUAGACAUGGUUGUUAAGAUGGAAUCCGAAAGACUCUGUUACAUCAGAUUGAAUCAGACCAAGUUGCGCUGCGACCUCCGUAAUGCUUCACGAAAUGACGCUGAUCUACGCAAUAUAGGCAAGAUGUGCAUACUACCUGCAACGUUCACAGGCAGUCCACGAUACAUACACGCGAGGACGCAAGACGCGAUGACAUACGUUCGUAAGUAUGGCCGACCAGACCUAUUCAUAACUUUCACGUGGAGCAAUGGUUAUCCACUGUACCGGCGAAGGAGUCCCGCUGGGGGAGGAUUUACAGCCGUGGUAAACGGCCACCAAGUGGAUAACAGAUGGGUAGUGCCAUACUGUCCCCUGCUAACAAAAGCGUUCAAUGCGCACAUCUAUGUCGAAUAUUGCCAUUCAGUUCGUUCCAUCAAGUAUGUAUGCAAGUACAUCAACAAAGAGACUGAUGCUGCAAUGUUUAGUAUUAGGCAGGAAGGUUCCGUAGACGAAAUCCAGGACUUCCUUGCAGGGCGCGUCAUUAGCAGCACAGAGGGCCCUUGGCACAUAUUCCGCUUCCCCAUCCACGAACGCUUCCCAGCAAUCGUCCAGCUUGCUGUGCACCUAGAAAACGACGAACUUCGUUAUUUUUCUGCGGACACAGCAAUGGAUGUGGCUGCGCAUAGCAAAGACACAGCGCUUACAGCGUUCUUCAAACUUUGUCGACAGGACGAGUUUGCUAGGACUCUACUGUACCCAGACGUGCCUUCAUACUACCUGUGGACAAGAAAGGACACCUGGGCUCGGCGGAAGUGCAGGGCCAACAUCGAGGGCUAA